GCCAUCUGGUGAACGUGCCACUGAUCUAGCGCGCUCUGCCGACCCGGAAGUUAUUCCAGUGGGUGUCCAGCGUGUGUGUGGCGAGGCAGCUGCGCGUUAACGUGAGUAAGAUCAUGGGAAAGUCCAAACAGGUUGGAAAGCACAGUAAAGGCAGGAAGAAGAACAUUUCCAAGACAUGGAAGACUAAGCGCAGGACGAAGGACCUUGACCAGAUCCAUGCAGACAUGAUCCCUGCAAAUGCUGUCAAGUUACUAAAGCAAGAUGUAGAUUUUGAUGUUACAGGAUGUGCUCAGCAUUACUGUCUGCACUGCGCGAGAUAUUUUGUCAAUUUGAAAACACUGAAGGAGCAUUUCAAAUCCAAACCUCAUAAAAAACGAUUGAAGCAGCUGAGGGAAGAGCCGUAUACACAGGCCGAGGCAGAGCGGGCAGCAGGAAUGGGCUCCUACAUCCCACCCAAAACUGUAGAGGUUCACACACAGCAGGUCGAGGAAGAUAUGGACUGAAAGAGCACUUUGGUCUGCCUCUCUGUGGACUCUUGCUCCUCUGGACUCAGAGCAACAAUUUGACCUGUUUCAGAGCUGAAAUUAGUUUAUGGAGAUGGAAAGUAAGUUGAAAAAUAUUAAAUGAAUUGAUAUUAUUUUGAUGAAUGUUCAAUGACAAUUCUCUGUAAAUUCAGACUUGUUUGAUUUUGGAGAAGUCCUGGAACAGCUGGCUACAGUUUCAUACUUGUUGUGAAAUUAAAUUAGUAAAGUUUGCUUACAACAAGCAACCUUCUGGGACUGAACACAAUGUUCAUUAUGUAUGUGAAUAUAAACUCAGCAAAAAAGAAACGUGUCCUCUUUUUACUAUUAUUUCCAGCAAAUUUCUUAAUGUGUAAAUAUUUGUAUGAACAUAAAAAGUUCAACAAGUGAGUCAAACUAACUGACGAAAAGAGACGGAAUAAUGAGUUCCUGAACAAAGGGGGUGGGGGGAUGGGAGUCAAUAUUAAAAGUCAAAUUGAGUAUUUUGUAUAACCACCAGCUGCUUUUAAGUACUACAGUGCAUCGCAUCCUCGUGGACUGUAGAUUUAAAAGUUCUUGCUAUAAGUUGUUACCGCACUCUUCCACCAAGAAACUUGCAAGUUCUCGAACAUGUCGGCGUGGACACAUGGUUACACAUGGUUUGACAAGAUAAGCUGUCCUUCCUGUAGCACUGCUGUAGGCCUCUUACAUUAUGGACAUUGCAGUUUAUUGCUCUGGCCACAUCUGCAGUCCUCAUGCCUCCCUGCAACAGGACUAUGGCAUGUUCAUGUAGGUGAUCAGGGACCCUGGGCAUCUUCUGGUGUUUUUCGAAUCAGUAGAAAGGUCUCUUUAAUGUCCUAAGGUAUUGUAACUGUGGCUUUAAUCGCCUGUGAACUGAAGUGUCUUAUGGCCUUUUCCACAGGAGCAUGUGCAAUACUUGUUUAUGGUUCAAUGAACAAGUAUAAAGAAUAUUGUUUAAACCCAUUCUUAUCUGUAAGGAUCUGUAAAGCUUAUUUGGAUUUUACAAAAUCAUCUUUAAAAUACAGUAUCCCGAAUAAGUGUGUGUGUGUUUGUG